AUGUUGAUACAUUAUAGUUAUCUUUGUAAAGCUGGUAUUCAACUUUGCAUCUAUAAAUUUGCCACUGAGAGAAAACGGGGUACCCAUCGAUCUCUAUGCAAAAAUCGUAAUCCAUCUAGUAUAAAUGUCAGAAUUACACUUGUACAACAUGGAUUUAUCGAUAAACAACUCGGUUUUGUUGUCCUUGGAGGUGAAAUGGUUUCCAAAGGCCGUGGUGUUGAUCAGUGGAGAGCAAUGAUUGAAAGACCAGAAGAACAAGUUUGUGACUGGCAAGAAAUACAGAUGUAUUGA